AUGGCUAACAACGCCUCUCUUGAGCAGGACCAAAAUCCCUGCUCGGCCAUCAACAACAGCAUCCCUUUGAUACAGGGCAAACUCCCCACUCUAACCUUAUCUGGAAAGAUCCGAGUAACAGUGACUUUCUUCCUUUUUCUCCUCUCUACUGCUUUUAAUGCAUCUUUCUUGAUGAAGCUGCAGAAGUGGACUCAGAAGAGGGAGAAGGGGAAAAAGCUUUCAAGAAUGAAGGUGCUCUUAAAGCAUUUGACCUUAGCCAACCUGCUGGAGACUCUGAUUGUCAUGCCACUGGAUGGCAUGUGGAAUAUCACAGUACAGUGGCAUGCUGGGGAGUUCCUCUGCAAAGUUCUCAGCUAUCUGAAGCUCUUCUCUAUGUAUGCCCCAGCCUUCAUGAUGGUAGUGAUUAGCCUGGACCGCUCCCUGGCCAUCACUCGGCCCCUUGCCAUACAAAGCAAAAGCAAGCUUGAACAGUCCAUGAUCGGCCUAGCCUGGAUUCUCAGUAUUGUCUUUGCGGGACCACAGUUGUAUAUUUUCAGGAUGAUCUACCUUGAAGAUGGCUCUGGGCAUGCGGUUUUUUCUCAGUGUGUGACACACUGCAGUUUUCCACGAUGGUGGCACCAAGCCUUUUACAACUUUUUCACCUUCGGCUGCCUCUUCAUUUUCCCUCUUCUCAUCAUGCUCGUGUGCAAUGCCAAAAUCAUCUUCACCCUCACACGGGUCCUUCAACAAAGCCCACGCAAACUGCAGCUGAAUCAAUCCAAGAAUAACAUCCCAAGAGCACGACUGAGAACGCUAAAGAUGACAGUUGCAUUUGCCACCUCGUUCAUUGUCUGCUGGACUCCCUAUUAUGUCCUAGGAAUUUGGUACUGGUUUGAUCCUGAAAUGUUAAACAGGGUGUCAGAUCCUGUUAAUCAUUUCUUCUUUCUCUUUGCUUUUCUAAAUCCAUGCUUUGACCCACUUAUAUAUGGAUAUUUCUCUUUGUAA